AUUUGUCAAACAACCCUCGAUUAAGUACAAUUGUACAAAAAUUGAAUCUGACCUUGUGAUACAAUUCAUUGUUAGUAGUAUUGCGUUAUACUUCCAGCCCAUAUGAUUAUGAUUCAGCUCUCAAAUUCUUGCUAGCAUUUAAUUUUGCCUCAGUUCUCCGACAAAUCACUCAUCCAUCAAAAUAAUUUGAUUUUGUAACUUUUUACAAUGAUUUCAAUCUGGGUUUUCGAGAUCUGAACCAUUAAAAUCUACGCUGAAUUCUCUUCCGUUCAACAAUGGGAGUCGUAAUCGAAACUGAAGUAUGGGAACCGAGCAGAGCACUGUACAUCUUCAUGUUCAUAUGUUGCUUCCUUUCAAUCUUUUGUUUGCCCAACAAAAGUAUCCCAAAUGUGUUUGAUCACGCGCCCUCCUCUUCUCUCCUUCGCUUCCAGCGAACCUUUCUUCUCUUCUAUUCACUAUCCUCAGUGAUUGAAGGGUUAUGGGCUGUGUUUGGGGAGUACGAAUGGGCAUAUUACGGUGUGAGUAAAGAGCAAAUGGUGAUGUCGUUAUGUGUUGGAUAUGGGGUCUCUCUAUUUUUUGGCAGUUUUCUUGGAAUGCUCUCUGAUCUUAUUGGUCAUAAGAAAUUAUGUCUGUUGUUUUACAUGCUGCACCUUUUUGUUGGCAUAUGGAAGAGAAUCACUGCAGAUCCUGCUAUUUGGUUGGCAAGCACCUGUCUCUCUCUGGCCUCUUCAGUAUUUUCCUUCAGUUUUGAAACAUGGAUGGUAGUUGAGAACGAAAAGCUGGGUCAGAGGAAGGAUGCAUUGAAUGAUAUGUUUUGGUUAAUGACUUUCUUUGAAUCUGGAUCUUUCAUAGGCAGCCAGGUGCUUGGUAAUUGGCUGAUUGAUAGUAAUGUGAACAAAAAUAUAGCUUCUAUUUGCAAUGCAGCUAUUGUUAUAACUGUUAUCGCUAUCACUUAUGUUACACAUGGAUGGAAAGAAGCUCCACAGGCAGCAUCUUUCAAGGAUUACCGGAUUUUGUUUUACAAAAAUGUCAUCUGUGAUAAAAGGAUAUGGUUGUUAUCAUGGGUGCAAGCCUGUGUCCAUUUCUCUGUGGUUGCCUUCUGGAUUCUUUGGGCUCCUACUAUAGUUGCUGAUGGGAGAGAUGUAUCGCUGGGAUUGAUAUAUCCUUGUUUCCUGGGUGCUAGGAUGCUUGGCAGCACUGGAUUUCCUUGGUUGUUCAAUGGACCCUUAUCGAUUCAAAUGGAGGAAUGCUUAGUAUAUUUGCUUAUUGGAAUAGGCCUUGUUUUCUCCAUAGUUGCUUAUGAUUAUCAGGAAAUUGGAGUUCUAGUGAUGCUCUUCAUACUGUUUCAUGCUUGCAUGGGCUUGGUUUCUCCUUUACUUGCCCAAUUAAGAUCAAUGUAUGUGCCAAAUGAAGUUCGUGGAGGAAUGAUUAGUCUAUCGCUUGUACCUGCAAAUGCAAUAUCUCUGUUUCUUCUAUUACAGGGAGGUUAUUACAAGAGGUUUUGGAACUCAACUAUCAUAGUAUUUGCCGCUUUUGGUCUAUUCUCAGCAGCUUGUUGCAUGCAUAUAUUGAAAAAAUGGGGAAAGCAACUCCAUCAGAACAGGCGUAACUUGUGAUUAUCGAAGUUCGCUCUAUUAACAUCAAGGUGUGAUGGAUCCCUGAUUUGUGGAGAUGUUAUUUUUGUAACUUUACAAUCCAAAGACACCUGUAAAUAUGAAAAGAAAGAUGAGAAACUGGGGAAUCAUACACAGCUUGCUGGAAACAAGAGAAUCCAUGAGGGUAAAACGGCCAAAUCUUCAAUUUUACAUCAUUCCUUUCAGUCAAUUGCAUCUGGGCUGCAAUAAAGAAAAGGGUAUGCCAGCAUUGAAGCUAUACUGCUGAGAGACAAUUUUCAGUUAUGAAGAACAUUUUAGCAGAUUGACCUAGUAUUCAAUGUCCUUAGGUUUUUGCUUAUCGAACUGUUGAAGUUGGCAGCACAUUUGUACAGGAGUGUCAAAUGGUUCACUCUUUUGAGAGCAACUUGUUUUCACACUUUCUGUUUUCAGCUUCUUCAAUAGAAUUGACACAUCUUAAGCACCACCAAUUUGUUUACCAGUACUGAUA